AUGUCCUUUUCCAACGCAGGCGAUUAUGAGCAUGGAGAGGCUGCAACUGUCAGUGGUGGAACAGUUGCGAUAGAAGAUCAUUUAUUGGAUGUCCCUUUGCGGAGUUCAGAAGGCGUUAAUGACGAGUAUGAGCUUUUAGACCUCUCUAUCUGCCACAGGGAGUCGGAAGAAGAAGAUGGUGGUGAUGAUGCUGAAUAUAUGGACAUCCCUGUGGUUGAUGAGGAUGAUGGAUGGCCUUUGGAACAGCAACAGGAGGAACAGGUUUUGGAAGAAGAAGAAGAAGAAGAAGAAGAAGAAGAAGAAGAAGAAGAGGUGCCGGUAGAGUUUAUCGAAGAUGAAGAAAUGGACUCUGGGCCGUUGCUUUCGAGAAGAGUAUUACAGAAUAGCCUCGCAAGAGCAGGGAAUCCUCUUUCCAGAGGAAACAACGCCGCUCAUUCCGUCAGCCGAUCUCACCAUCCCACUGAAUGA